AUGGUCACCACGUCAAGCUCCCCUCUUGCGCCGAUUCCAACAAGUGGAGCGACCACAGAAGGCAGCGGUGCCUUCCAAUUCCCUCGUCUCUACUCCUUCCCGCCCUUUUUCAACAUCCAGCCCGUUCUUUCCACUCGCGCCUCUCAAUUGGCUUCCUGGUCUUCCCUCAUCCAAGAAUACUGCCGUCACCAUCGCAUAUAUACCCUUACGCUCGUCGAUGCCCUCUCUACGCCGUUAUUCAAUAACAGUUCCCUCUCCCGGCGGCUUUCGCUCCGUGACGCCCGCGCCGUCAUCCAAUGGAUGACAACAACAGAAGGCGGCAACCGAGCCGAAUGGAUAUCCGCCGGCAACAAGAAAGUCAAAGGUGAAGAAGGCGGCGAAGCCGGCAAAUGUUGGAUAUUUUGGAAGAAACCUGAAGAGUGGGCUAGUGCGCUGGAAGAAUGGGUGGAUAGGACAGGACAGAAGGGAGUCGUGUUGACUCUAUAUGAGAUCACCGAGAGUGAUGCUACGAUGAAAGAGGAAUUUUAUGGGAUGGAUCCCGAUCUUCUGAGCAGGAGUCUGAGCAUAUGCGUCAAGAGAGGGAAGGCGCAGAUUUUUGGAGGAGAAGGAAGUGAGGGUGUCAAGUUCUUUUGA